AUGGGCGGACUGACACCACCUAAAAAACCUUCACACUCCAGAGUACAGCAAAGAGCUUUAAAGUGCACUGUACAACUCACACUUCAUGCUAUCACCUGUCCUGGUGUCCUGUUACAUUCCCAAGAGGACAUUUAUCUGAGUGUCCGAAUGAUGGGACAGUACCACAAGUCAAAGUGUGUCCCUUCUGCUUUCCCUCUUCUGCUGCAUGAAGAAAUGCUGUUUUCCAAGAUUUUCUCGGGAGCAUUUGACCCUGGCGAUAUAGCUGAUCAUCUAGAAAAUGAUGCAACCUGUUUUGAGCUCAUUCAGCUUGUUCCUCCAGAGGGUGAGAUUUUGGCCACUUUUGAAGAGAACACCAGAGACUUUCUCUACCCAGGCCCAAAGCUGAUUCCCCAGUCUCCAGGUUCAGAAAGAGAGAUUCUGAUGAAGAAAUCCAUCUCGUUCCCGGGGAUCUCACCCAAAGUGGAAUUUUCAACCAUGUCUGUCAUUGAGGAGUGUGAUUUGAAAGCGAGCCAAUCAACCUGUUCUCCCAUAACCACUACCCCAUGUCAUCCAAGAACAAGCGCAACAACAGUAAAUAAGACACAGUCAAAGACACCAAAGACAAGUACAGGGUCACCCUGUGGUUACCAGAGGCCUACAGUAGCUUCCCAGAGCCGCAGCCUGUCACCCUACACACACCGCAAGAUGUGCCAGCUCUCAGAGGAGGCCAUUCACCGGCUCCGUCAUCUCCAGAUUGGACCCUUUACUUUUAAAAAAGAGCUGUUUCCGCAGCAGCCUUUUGUGGUUCCUUGUAGUCCAAACUCUUCACUGAUUGAGUGUUCUACAUUAUCUUCAGCAGUAACGUCUUCACCUAAGAGAAUCUCUUUCCACCAAAAAUCAGCAAGAGGUGAUUCUAUGGGUGUGAGUCGCAUUUCUCCUGAGAAAAAUUCUGCAAGGUUCACCAGAAGUCCCUCUUACAUGAGAACUCCUGUUCAUCACUCCAGCCCUUUGUCCAGCAGUGCCCGGGAACAGAGUCCACUUCUCACCCGCUCUACACUCAGAGAAAGGUUUCAAAGCCCCUCCAGUCCCUCUCAAUCAGCAGAGAUUCACAGUCGUGUUCAGAGGAUUUUACGCACUCAUUCCACUCGCUGUAGGCUCUCCUUUGAGGAAAAGAGUAAGGAGCAGGAAUCAGGUCAUAAAGAACCUCUUGAGUCCCCUCAUAACUUAUUUUGUGACAACCAGCUUCAACCAAAAAGGGAUACCACUAAAGAGCCAUCUGUUCAUUUAGAUAAUGGAACAUUCUGGACCAAUAAGACAGCCAGAUACACUGGGAAGUCUCACAGAGAGGUGUUUGAAGACAGUUUGGGCAAAAUCUACAAGAACCUGUAUAAGACACACAUCACUGCUCAAACACAGUAAUUCACACAGCAUUUAGUUCCAAACCAAUUAGGCUAUUUUUAUUAGUCCACACUUUAAUACUUUUUUAUUAUGUGAUGAUUAUUACUGCUCACAAAAUAUAAUAGGUUUCAUGACUAACCGAUCAUGAAAUAUCUCCGCUAAUACUAUGAAGAAGAACAAUACAGAUGUGCAGCUGGUUUACAUGAUUUAUUGAAGAGCAGUUUGUGAGUGAUAAACUCUUAUGCUCUGGAUCCUUGCAGACUGGUGUCACAGAAGUCAUGUUUCUUUAGUCAAGAAAAACAAAAAUCAGACAUGAAGAUACUGAGGAAAAUCAUUUUUAGUCUUACAUUUUGAGAAAAAAAAAAAAAACAUAAUUCAUAUUAAAAUGCAUCACUGUGAUCUAAAACCAUCUUUCUGAUAUUUGUACAGAAUAAAAUGGUUAUAUCUUA